UAUCUUUCUCAACUGUGUUGUGUUUAUGUUCAAUUUUUUGUUUCUGCUUGCCAUCGGUGGGUUGUAUUUGUCUCGCGUUGUGUUGCGAAUAAUUUUUACCUUUGCUGUGUAUUCAAAUUCUGUCUGAAGCCAUCUUAAAGCCUUUGGGUUUGAAUACUGAACUUCGCAUUGAGAGUAAUUUGUUAACCAGAGCGGUGCCUCUGGUCGAAUUUUUUUCCGCCAGUGUCGUAUGCAUUCCAUAAAGUACCAAGGAAAAGAAUUAUAUCAGAAAUCGACUUCGUAAAAUUGAUGAAUAUCUUAUCAGUUUUAUGUCAUAGAGCGCGAAUUUUGCAAGUUUCCUUCCAUAAAACUGCGUCGAGAAUUGCUGUAUUGAUUUUUUCAAGUUCGCAACAUGACUGAGGUUCGCAAACGUCGAAAUGGACAAGAGGAUGAAGCUGAUAAAUUGAUGGGCGACGGUUAUCAGGCAUCCAGUAUAUCUGUAAAACGUUCAAAAAAUAAUAAGAAGAUUUUUAAUAUUUAUCACAAUAAUAUACGUCGAUUCAAGAGUAGAAAUUUAUUAAAUUCUGUUAGGAAUGUUUCGUAUUUAAGCUCAAAAUCGCAAGCGCUAUGCUGCUUGUGUCGGGGAUACGUUGUUUGUCCCCAUCGAAAUGGUAAUGCGCGAGACGAUGUCGACUCGGAAGAAGAUAAGAAUAUCGAUUUAUCCAAUACCAUACCUUCGGGUACCAAUAAAAUGCCGCUUAUCCUCGAAUCAGUUUUGAAUGGUUUAUCUGAUCGAUGGAGGAAUUGGAUAAUUAGAUUUAUAUCGACCGUGUUACUAACGGUGGUGUUUUUAAUGAUCAUUUAUGGAGGACCUUUGGCACUGAUGAUAGCGACUUUGGCCGUACAAGUGAAAUGUUUCGAAGAAAUUAUCAACAUUGGCUAUACUGUUUAUCGAAUCCAUGGCCUACCCUGGUUUCGGUCUCUUUCGUGGUUCUUCCUGUUCACGUCCAAUUACUUUUUUUACGGCGAAAGCUUGAUCGAUUAUUUCAGUGUCCUGAUAAAUCGCACGGACUUCCUGCGAUUUUUAGUAAACUACCAUCGUUUCAUUUCAUUUUGUUUGUAUAUCAUCGGAUUCGUAUGGUUUGUUUUGUCACUGGUACAUAAAUAUUACAUGAAACAGUUCUCUUUGUUUGCCUGGACUCACGUCGCCCUUCUAAUUGUGGUUACCCAAAGUUAUUUGAUAAUACAAAACAUAUUCGAAGGUUUGAUAUGGUUUAUCGUUCCUGUUACUAUGAUAAUCAUUAAUGACAUAUGGGCUUACAUAUUCGGAUUCUUUUUCGGACGCACCCCUCUCAUCAAAGUUUCGCCGAAAAAAACGUGGGAAGGAUUUAUCGGGGGUGGCUUUGCUACCGUGUUUUUCGGAGUAUUGCUGUCGUAUUUCCUUUGCCAAUUUGAAUUUUUCAUUUGUCCGAUCGAAUUUAACGAAACUUUGGGUCGUACGACUAUGGAUUGCGAGCCAUCACCUUUAUUCCGGCCGCAAGAAUACGCUCUUCCGCAGUUUUUGUCGUCAAUUUUGCAAGUGCUAAGAUUGAAAAAGACCAUUACAGUACAGCCGUUUGUGUUACAUUCGUUUUCGAUGUCUUUAUUCAGUUCGGUAAUCGGACCGUUUGGCGGAUUUUUCGCUAGCGGAUUCAAACGUGCAUUUAAAAUCAAAGAUUUUGGAGACGUCAUUCCGGGCCAUGGUGGCAUCAUGGAUCGAUUCGAUUGCCAGUUUCUAAUGGCCACGUUUGUGAACGUUUAUAUUUCUAGUUUCAUUCGUUCGCCAUCUCCUCAAAAGCUCCUACAACAAGUAUUCGCGUUGAAACCGGAACAACAAUUGCAAUUGUUCUACGCUUUGAAGGAGUCAUUGGAAAAUCGAGGCAUAUUGAGUAUUCGUCAAGAUUAAUUUUUUGUUUUGGUUUUCAAUUGUUUUGCUUUUGAUUAGUUAUUACGUUUCGUUCUUGUAUUCUCUUUUUUAGGCGGCUAGUUUAAUUCCUGUCUUUUUCCACGUCUGUGUUGCUUUUAGUGCUCCCGAAAUAACGAGAAAAUAGAUAAAACUCUUUGAGAAUUCGUUAGAAAUUGAUUUGCGAAAUGCGAAUAGAAAUGGUGCGAAUUAAUUUCAUUAGAGGUGAAUUCAUUUUUUUUUUUCCAAAACAGGUUUUCUAAUAAACAUGUACUUACAUAUGCGCUGAAAAUCGUGAACCAUUUCAUCGGAUGUAAAUUUUUCAUUAAAAACCCACGAUUUUUUACAUAUCGAGUACGUUGUUUGCAUUAGGUUCUAGUACUGUUCGAAAUAAGUUCAAAAGCUUAUAAACUAUCGCUGCUACUUUUCAUUCAUAAUUGAUUCUCUCAAGUUUCCUUUCUGAGAUAUCAAAUUUUUGCUAUUUCCUAUUCAUUUUUUCGUUCCUUUUUAAAUGUAUAUUUUACGCAAAAUUUAAAUCAUUUCGUUCGAUAUGUAGGAUUUAGCAUUAAUGUUGAUCGUGUAAGUGUAUAAAAUUCUUCGUGUUGCUUGAAUUCGAAGUAACUCAGGAAUAUUUCGGUUACCUAUUUUGAAGGGGAAAAAACAUUGUUUUUGUUUUGUCGUUUUAAUAAUUCAACGAGCAUUCCAGUGCAACGCAUUUAUUCUAUCAGUCUUCGGUGUUUUCAUUCAAAAAACAUUAUUUAAUCGUCACUACUUUUGAAGUAGGUAGAGUACUUAACUGUGAAAAUAGGUGACAUUUAAGUUAGAAAUUCGUACAUUUAUUUCCAUUACUUAUUGGAUUUUUCAUUUAGAAAAUAUAUCAAGGUGUUUCAGAAUGAACUCUUCGAGAGUUCGUUUACAUUUUUGAGCAUGUAGCAAAUUUUAUUCCGUUUAGUUACUCUUUUUUUUUUUUUUUUUUUUUUUUUGAAUUACAUAGGUAUCUAUGCUUAGUUGGUUGAGUGCGCCUUAUACAUAUUUUGUUUUCCUCGUUUGUUUAUACCAUUCCACUUCGAAUAACUUAAUUUUAAAAAAUUAGCAAAUUUCUCUCGUGAUCGUCUUUUCUUGUAAGCUCCUGCAUGUGUCGGGUGUGAUUCGUGUCUCGAUCAAUUAAAAUGUUGUAGGAUUCAUUGAAAUUAUCUUCGUAAACUAGUCAUUUAUGUUUCUGUUAAGUUAAAGUUUGUUUAAUUAGUUAUAAGAAUUUUUUGUUUUUCAGAGGGAGGGGCGUUUUGGGAUGUCUGUGAUUACAAUCAGCUCUGAUUGCGAGUGAUGAGUAGUUAGGAAGGAGUCGUUUUUACUUUUUACUAAAACGUCAUAUCUAACCGAAUUCUGAAAGAAUAGUCAUUUUAUGGUUAAAAUUAAUUAUACCUAUGACUUUAAAUGUUGUACUAAAGAAAAUUAAUAAAUGUUUGAGGUUGA